AUAGGUAUAGGCUUCCAUUUCCAACUUUGUUCCUGCUCCCAGGACCCUGGGCCCUAGCACUGCUCAACUUGGGAUGCCAUGGGACACACACGGUGACUGUCCUGUCCCUGAGUUGGCCCUGUCUGUCACUUGUUCUUGGUAAGCACUCUCCUUGUGGAUCCCAAAGCACAUCUCGUGGAGAGGGGCCAGGCCUUGUAACCAGCAGAGCCUUGUGAGCUCCUGAGGGCAAGCCAUGAGGACACUUCUCUCUCCUGACCUCCUCACUGGUCUGACACAUGGUGAUGGUCACAUGGUGCUUAACAAUUCCAAGAACUUGAAGAACUCCAAGGCUGGGUCAUCACUGGAGGAAGGAAAACAGUCUGGGCAGCUUGGCUGAGGGUAUUUGGGACUGCUGAGGAUCCUUCACGGAAGAAGUGGUUCUGCCCCCUAGGGGGCAUUUUGGAAAUUUAUGGGCUAUUUUUUCAUUGUCAAAAGGAUUCGAGGGGAUGGGGUGCUACUGGCAUUUCGUCAACCUGGGCGGGAUGCUAGACAUCAUGAAAUGCUCAGACCUCCCUUACUGUGAAGAAUUCCCAAGACAACUUUUGAAUGACCAGCUUUAUGUAUAUGAAAACCCUGUUUAUCUGAGCCUAGAACUGUCUUUGCACAUGUAAACGUGAAAUAGUGUUUGUGCGUUUUGAAAAGACUCAGUUUGCUAGGAAUUCUUUCCCAUGUAAAUUAAGACGACUUUGUUUUGCUUGGCACCUUAACCAAGAGUUUGUUUGCCAUUUUGGAAAAUCGGGUUACCAACAUCAGAGUCACCGAUAAAGCACCGAUAUCAGCUGGCAUUGCAGCUAUUGCAACCACAGCAAUUCUCAUAGGGUGUGGGAUUGGACUACUUCAUUGUACUUUAUUGUCUUCUGGUUUAGUUGUGCUUAAGCCUUCACGUAAUGAAAUACAUGUUAUUAUAAAUUUUAUUCUUUACAGUGAGCACGUUUCAGGUAGUUGUGGUUGUCACAUGUGAUGUAGGAUAUAUUGUCCACAAGUUUCUUUUUUUCUUUUUUCUUUUUUUUUUUGACACAGUCUCACUCUGUCACCCAGGCUGGAGUGCAGUGGCACGGUCUCAGCUCACUACAACCUCUGCCUUCUGGGUUCAAGCAAUUCUUGUGCCUCAGCCUCCCGAGUAGGUGGGAUUACAGGGAUGUGCCACCACAUCCAGCUAAGUUUUGUAUUUUUAGUAGAGGUGGUUUCACCAUGUUGCCAGGCUGGUCUUGAACUCCUCACCUCAAGUGAUACACCCAGUUCGGCCUCCCAAAGUGUUGCGAUUACAGGCAUGAGCCACCAUACUGAGCCCACAAGUUUCAUUUUGAAGUAAUCCAGGGGCCUUGGUUCUGAAAGGGGUGAGGACUGUGGAUCAAAUAGUGAUGGUUUUAAAUGGGAGGGAAUAAAGUCUGCAAAAUUUCCCCAGAUUAUUUUGAAGAGCUCCUCUCCUCCCCACCCCUCCUAUCCUACUUUCUACAGCCUGGUCUAGGGGCAGGAAAUCUGGAAGAUUCUCGGGGGAGGGCCCCAGAACUCAGCUCCCCAGUUAAUGGCUGAUGGAAUUUGCACAACAGCUGGGCAAAGGUGAAAGGGUGGUGCCCUGCCCCAAAUUCCUUAUACCUUUGCUCCGCUUCAUUGACACCCCCACCUUCUCCCCACCCCAGGCUUCACCCAAACUCUGACCUCUUACUCUCUCUACUUAACUCUGGUCCCGGGCAGCCAAGACAAAGCGAAAGGCAAGGCAGCAUGAGCCGAUCACCCCUCAAUCCCAGCCAACUCCGAUCAGUAGGCUCCCAGGAUGCCCUGGCCCCCUUGCCUCCACCUGCUCCCCAGAAUCCCUCCACCCACUCUUGGGACCCUUUGUGUGGAUCUCUGCCUUGGAGCCUCAGCUGUCUUCUGGCUCUGCAGCAUGUCUUGGUCAUGGCUUCUCUGCUCUGUGUCUCCCACCUGCUCCUGCUUUGCAGUCUCUCCCCAGGAGGACUCUCUUACUCCCCUUCUCAGCUCCUGGCCUCCAGCUUCUUUUCAUGUGGUAUGUCUACCAUCCUGCAAACUUGGAUGGGCAUCAGGCUGCCUCUUGUCCAGGCUCCAUCCUUAGAGUUCCUUAUCCCUGCUCUGGUGCUGACCAGCCAGAAGCUACCCCUGGCCAUCCAGACACCUGGAAACUCCUCCCUCAUGCUGCACCUGUGUAGGGGACCUAGCUGCCAUGGCCUGGGGCACUGGAACACUUCUCUCCAGGAGGUGUCCGGGGCAGUGGUAGUAUCUGGGCUGCUGCAGGGCACGAUGGGGCUGCUGGGGAGUCCCGGCCACGUGUUCCCCCACUGUGGGCCCCUGGUGCUGGCUCCCAGCCUGGUUGUGGCAGGGCUCUCUGCCCACAGGGAGGUAGCCCAGUUCUGCUUCACACACUGGGGGUUGGCCUUGCUGGUUAUCCUGCUCAUGGUGGUCUGUUCUCAGCACCUGGGCUCCUGCCAGUUUCAUGUGUGCCCCUGGAGGCGAGCUUCAACGUCAUCAACUCACACUCCUCUCCCUGUCUUCCGGCUCCUUUCGGUGCUGAUCCCAGUGGCCUGUGUGUGGAUUGUUUCUGCCUUUGUGGGAUUCAGUGUUAUCCCCCAGGAGCUGUCUGCCCCCACCAAGGCACCAUGGAUUUGGCUGCCUCACCCAGGUGAGUGGAAUUGGCCUUUGCUGACGCCCAGAGCUCUGGCUGCAGGCAUCUCCAUGGCCUUGGCAGCCUCCACCAGUUCCCUGGGCUGCUAUGCCCUGUGUGGCCGGCUGCUGCAUUUGCCUCCCCCACCUCCACAUGCCUGCAGUCGAGGGCUGAGCCUGGAGGGGCUGGGCAGUGUGCUGGCUGGGCUGCUGGGAAGCCCCAUGGGCACUGCAUCCAGCUUCCCCAACGUGGGCAAAGUGGGUCUUAUCCAGGCUGGAUCUCAGCAAGUGGCUCACUUAGUGGGGCUACUCUGCGUGGGGCUUGGACUCUCCCCCAGGUUGGCUCAGCUCCUCACCACCAUCCCACUGCCUGUGGUUGGUGGGGUGCUGGGGGUGACCCAGGCUGUGGUUUUGUCUGCUGGAUUCUCCAGCUUCUACCUGGCUGACAUAGACUCUGGGCGAAAUAUCUUCAUUGUGGGCUUCUCCAUCUUCAUGGCCUUGCUGCUGCCAAGAUGGUUUCGGGAAGCCCCAGUCCUGUUCAGCACAGGCUGGAGCCCCUUGGAUGUAUUACUGCACUCACUGCUGACACAGCCCAUCUUCCUGGCUGGACUUUCAGGCUUCCUACUAGAGAACACAAUUCCUGGCACACAGCUUGAGCGAGGCCUAGGUCAAGGGCUACCAUCUCCUUUCACUGCCCAAGAGGCUCGAAUGCCUCAGAAGCCCAGGGAGAAGGCUGCUCAAGUGUACAGACUUCCUUUCCCCAUCCAAAACCUCUGUCCCUGCAUCCCCCAGCCUCUCCGCUGCCUCUGCCCACUGCCUGAAGACCCUGGGGAUGAGGAAGGAGGCUCCUCUGAGCCAGAAGAGAUGGCAGACUUGCUGCCUGGCUCAGGGGAGCCAUGCCCUGAAUCUAGCACAGAAGGGUUUAGGUCCCAGAAAUGACCAGCACGCCUACUUCUGCCCUGGUUAAUUUAGCCCUAACUCUCAUCUGCUGGAGAGUCAGCUCCCAAACUGUUCUUUCUUGUAGGCAGAGGGUAUGUGUGUGUGUAUUACAUGGGCCUGUCUAGAGGUUCCAUUUCCCAAUAGGGUGGGUUGCCUUUCCUUGUCUUAAUUAGGCCUAACUGUUCCAGAGCAGAGGCCAUGAUUUAGUGGACCAUGAAUGAAUGAGAUUUUGCCUGUGUACUAUCAAUGCCACUUGAACCCCAGCAUUCACUUUAAUACUUACUGAGCAUCUCCCAUGUGCAAGGUCCUGGAACUACAGUGAUAAGACAGGGUCCAUGCCGUCUCAAGGCAUUUACGGUUUAAAAAGACCUUUGUAAUUACUAACGAAAGUGCAAAGCAGAAAGCAGUCUGUAAUAAAGAUUAAAAUAAUGCCGUGGGAGCAAAGAGGAAGGGAUAAUGAAUUCUGAUUGGGGACAGUGGGAAAGGCUUUAUGCAAGAAGCAAUGAGGAUGGCCUUGACAAAUGAGGAUUUUUGGUUUUGGAAAAUGGAUGCAGAGAAGUUUUCAGGUUCGGGGUCCAGCUUGAGCAAAGCCAUGGGUUGUACAAAGUCCAAGAUAGCUGAGGGGUUUCAAAUUUCUCAGUAGUGAGGGAGUAUAAGUACGGGGAUGAUGGAGAAAUGAAGCAGGAGAGGUAAAGGAUGAGGUCGGACUAUGGGACUUAUGCCUGGGAGACUCCUUCCUUCAACAACUCUAGUGCUGGUGGAAGACCUGAGAGAUCAUCUACAGAAGUUCAAUCCCUUAUUUUGUUAAGAAGAGACCGGAUAGGUAGGGGAGGGAAGAGAAGUGACUCAAGUUUGACAAAUCCAAACCUGGGCUCCCCUCUCCUGCGCCUCGCCCGCUAUUCUUUCUACUCGGCCAGCGUGACUCCAAGACGCGCCACUACCCCUCUACUAGCCGGCCGCCCGGCCUCUCCUCCAGUUACCCUGGCCACUGCGGCGCUCCUCUC